GGUGGUGCUGGAGGAGGAGCUGCCGGAGGAGCAGGAGGAGUUGGUGGUGCAGGAGGUAUGGCGGUUGGUGGUGGAGGUGGCUCURUUGCAGGUGGUGCUGGAGGAAGAGGAGGUGCAGGGGGCAGAGCAGGAGGAGCUGGAGCUGGAGCUGCUGGAGGAGGAGGAGGACAGUGGAGCGUAAAAAAUGGUGGUUCUAAGGGAGGAGGUGGAAGCUGGGAGUGGAAAUCCAGUAAGAAAAAGAAGCAAAAGAAAGGUGAGGAUGAAGAAGAAGAUGACGAUAGCGAAGAGGAGGAUGACAGCAUUGUUUAUGACCGAGCUCAAAUCAACCCGUUCCAUGAAGCUAAUUUCAAGGGAGCGCAGGGGUCCAUUGCUGGUAAAAUAAAUCAGCAAAGUCAUUUAUCGUAUAUAAGGACACUACAAAAAGCUUUAGGUGCCGCUUUGCCUGGCUGGAAAUUUUCAGAAAUGCCUGCUAAUACAAGAGCAAAAAAUACUACAACUGGUUCCUUUARGGCACAAACAAACACAAAUGCAACUUUUCAGCAUGAUAAUUAUAAUGAGGUAGAUGCAUAUUCUGACCUUCUCAAAGCGAUUAAUGAUGUUUCAAGUGGUGAAGACUUGGAUGAAAAUAGURCGCAUCUCGUCAAAAAURAUAAUAAUAAUGAACGAGGUCAUCUCCAAGCAAAUCUCAUGAAAAMUACCAAGAAAACUARCAAAACUUUAAGGGRCAACAAGAAAAACAAUGAAAUGAACAUYACAAAGCCACUUUCCAGCUCAUAUAACCAGUUGGGCAAAGCAGCUUACAGAGAAUAUAUGGCAAACAAUUUUGCAAAUACWAUCGCGAGAACCGUGUUGAGCAAUACCAAGCCAAAUAGCUUCAACAAAAUGCAUGAAYAUAACAGACCUGUAGAUAACGCACUGAAAGAUCAAAAACAUUUUACAGCAAAAGAACAAUUUACAGGGGUAAAUGAGGAAAAUGCUGACUUACGUAAGGCUAUAGAGAAAGCAGAAAUGGAGGUUAACACUGUUAAAUCUACUGGUACUAUAAGACUAUCGGAAUCAGAAGAAAAUAAUGCAUCUCGGGAUAUUAUUAAAGCUCUAGAGAGCGCCAAAAAUGAUUGAAUAAAAGACCAAACCACUGCAAAAAAGCUUUGUAAAUUCAAAGAUGGAAAACUAAAAGAAGAAUGAUUAAUUUUCGUGAAACUGUAAAUGAGAAUUUGGAACUCAAAAGAUUUAAAAAGAAUAAUGAAUUUCUUAUGUAAGUAGCUAAAUUUGCAGAAUAUAAUUCAUAUAAAAUCGACUUGUCCGAUAGGAUAUACAUCUAUGCAAAAAUAUUAGUACAGUAGAUUGCAAUAAAAUACCAGAACG